AUGCACGCCGAGCAGGAUUAUCUCAACUUCUCGGCCUGCCACGAACUCCCCAAGCGCGGCUUCACCACCUUCUGCGCCAACAACGACGCCAGCAAGAGCGGCUACAUGACCGACCUCAACUUCGAGGACAUGAUGACCAACAUCGCCCAGGGCAUGAGCUACCUGCGCAACCUGAACGAGAUCGACAAGGUCGUCAUCUUUGGCCACAGCGGUGGCGGCGCCAUGAUGACCGCGUACCAGAACAUCGCCGAGAACGGCGUCAGUGCCUGCAAUGGCCCCGAGCGCAUCUACCCCUGCUCCGACGCCAUGGCUGACCUCCCCGCCGCCGACGGCAUCAUGCUCAUCGACGCCAACUACGGUCUCUCCACCAUGUCCCUGCUGAGUCUCAACCCGGCCAUCAUCGACGAGCACUCGGGCGCCAAGAUCGACCAGUCCCUGAACCUGUACAACCCGGCCAACGGCUUCUCCGAGACCAGGGCCAACUACACCGCAUCCUUCAAAAAGGCCUUCCAGACCGGCGUGGUGGCCCGCAACAACCGCAUCCUCCAGCACGCCGAAGCCCGCCUGGCCGCCAUCAACAACGGCACCGGCAUCUUCAGCGACGACGAACCCUUCUACAUCGUCGACUCGAUGUACGUCGGCUUCAACAACAAGUUCUUCGCCCAAGACACCCGCUGGAUCCACCACACCACCCACCCGUGGCCCUUGCUGCACCGCAACGGUUCCAUCACCAAGCAGAUCGUCCCCUCGACCACCAUCAAGCGUUACCUGUCUACCCUGGCCAUCCGCGCCACCGACGACUUCGAGUACAAGCCCGAUGGUUUCGAGGGUAUUGUCUGGAACUCCAGCCAGACUGCCCCGCUCGGUAACAUCGGAGGAAUCACCGUCCCGCUGCUCAACAUGGGCAUGACCGGCCACUACGAGUACCUCAACGCCGAGAAGCUCCACUUGGCGGCGGGGAGCAAGGAUGCCGCGAUUGCGUUUGUGGAGGGUGCUCAGCACACGAUUGUCACUUGCACCGAGUGUGAGUCGUACCCGGGUGAGUUUGGCAAUACUCUGUACACUGCGUACAACUUUAUGGGCGAGUGGUUGAGCAAGGAGGGACGGUUCCUGUAAACAUCAGCAUACCAAUGCGUGUACAAUAGUUGUAACUAUACCCGGAUAAUUAGCUAG